AUGGCUUUUGGGGAGCUCCUGGAGCAAAUUGGUGGCAUGGGACGCUUCCAACUUAUCCACACUAUGCUACUGACCAUCCCAAUCUUGUUCAUGGCCAGCCACAACCUUCUCCAGAACUUCACGGGCGCUAUCCCGGGGCACCGCUGCCAGGUGCACCUCGCCCCCAAUGGCAGCGAGUACCCCAAUAUCACUCUUCUGCAAGGCGCCGGCCAGCUUCUCCGGGUCAGCAUCCCCCUGGAUAACAAGCAAAGGUUGGAGAAAUGCAGGCGCUUCACGGACGCUCAGUGGUAUCUCCUCAACGCAAGUGUCCCCGGGGCGAAUGAGACGGCAACCGAACCGUGCGCCGAGGGAUGGUUUUAUGACCAAACUCAGUUUACGUCCACCAUCGUCAGUGAGCACACAUCACACACCACGCACAUCAUCCAGGCCCUGAACACUUCAAUCAGAUUUGGCCGCCGAGCACUCGUAAUCUGGUCCUUUUUCCAAAUGGCCGUGACGGGAGUCUGCGCUGCUUUCUCACCCAAUUACGCCUCCUAUUGUUUCUUCCGCUUCCUGACCGGCAUGGCGCUUUCAGGAUUCGGUCUCAGCAUUGCCUGUUUGACUGUGGAAUGGAUUCCCACCCAGUACCGGACCAUCACCAUCGCCCUCACUGGGUUGUCUUAUACUGCGGGGCAAAUCCUCCUCGCGGGCUUGGCCUACUCCAUCCGGGACUGGCGUUGGUUGCAGGUGGCUGUUUCGGCUCCUUAUUUGGCCUUCCUGCUUUAUUCCUGGUGGUACGCUGAAUCGGCUCGCUGGCUGAUCCAGUCCGGCCAGGCCACUAAGGCCGUUGGUGUUCUCCAGAGAGUGGCCAGGAUCAACAAAAAGGAGGAAGCGGGUGCAAGAAUCACCACAGAGCUGCCUAUCAUGGGCUUCACAGAGGUUUUAGAACAUGUUGGCAGCAUGGGACGCUUCCAAAUUGUCUAUGUGACCCUCGUCUCCAUUCCGGUGCUUAUGAUGGCUUGUCAUAUGAUACUGCAGAAUUUUACCGCGGGGACGCCAGAUCAUCACUGCGCGCCCAGCCGCGACGCUGUUCCCAGGAACUGGAGUUCAAAAGAUGAGGCUCGCCUUGGGGUGUCCCUCCCCAUGGACGAGAAUCGAAAGCCGGCAGAGUGCCACCGUUUCCGCCAGAAGCAGUGGUGGCAUUCGAACGGCACCGCAGAGAACGAAACCCAGAUGGAAACCGAACCGUGUAGAGAUGGAUGGGUGUACAACCGAAGCACCUUCCAAGAGACCAUUGUGACAGAGUGGGAUCUGGUUUGUUCCUCCCGGACACUAAAGCAAAUGGCGCAGUCGAUUUACAUGGCUGGAGUUUUAAUUGGCGGGAUCUUAUUUGGAGGCCUCUCGGAUAGAUUCGGGCGCCAGCCCAUCCUCUUGUGGUGUUACCUGCAGCUGGCCACAACUGGCACAGCGACGGCGUUUUCUCCCAAUUUCAGCGUUUACUGCUUCCUCCGCUUUCUCACCGGGAUGGCUUUCUCGGGCAUCGUGCUCAACGGUGUCUCUCUGUGUGUGGAGUGGACGCCCACCAAGACCCGGCCAGUGCUGGGGACCAUCAAUGGCUGUGUGUACACCACUGGGCAGCUUAUCCUGGCCGGCCUGGCAUAUACUUUCCGAGAUUGGCACCACUUACAGCUGGUGGUCUCUCUGCCUUAUUUCCUGUUCUUCUGUUAUUCUUGGUGGCUUUCUGAAUCGGCUCGCUGGCUGAUAACAGCCGGGAAGCUCGAACGGGCCGUGACGGAGCUGAAGAAGGUGGCCAAAAUGAACAGGAAAGAGGAAGCUGCUGGAAAGCUAAAUGUGGAGUUCCUCAGAUCCAAGAUGAAGGAGGAAUUGGCCUCCAUGACCUCCAAGACUUCGCUGCUCGACCUCGUCCGGACGCCGACCAUGCGCCGCAUUUCCCUCUGCGUCUGCUUUGUCUGGUUCUCCACCAGUUUCGCUUAUUAUGGGCUGGUGAUGGACUUGCAGAAUUUCGGAGGCAACAUCUACCUGAUCCAACUCUUUUUUGGAGCUGUUGACUUCCCGGCGAAGUUUCUUUCAGUCUUCACAAUCAGCUACAUCGGCCGCCGGUUCACCCAAGCCGUUACUCUCAUCCUGGCUGGCUUAAGCAUCUUGGCCAACAUCUUCAUCCCUCAAGAUAUGCAAACCCUUCGGACGACCGUGGCUGUUUUCGGGAAGGGCUGCUUAGGCACCUCGUUCAACUGCAUCUACUUAUACACUGGAGAACUUUAUCCGACGGUACUUCGGCAAACGGGGAUGGGUCUCGGCAAUACCAUGGCCCGCCUGGGAGGCAUUGUGGCUCCGGUGGUGAAGAUGACAGGAGAAUACGUCCCGUUCCUGCCCAAUCUUAUCUACGGUGCAGCUCCCAUCAUAACUGGAAUUGUGGCAACCUUUUUGCCAGAAACUCGCAACAUCCCCUUGCCAGAAACGAUAGAGCAGGUGGAGAACAGAUCACGGAAUCAGAGCCAGAAGCUGGACUUCCAGCAAACAGAGACCCUCUUGCUCUCCACCAAGCCCAAAAGCAAGGAAAUCACUCCUUAA